AUGAAAAUUCCGCACGCGAUUGCCGAAUUUGUGUCGGAAUUCUCCGGCAUCAACAAGACGCCCGAUUUCAAGCCGAUUCGCUCGAAGCAGUGCCGUCGUUGCUCGUCGCCGUGCCACGGCCAUUCGCAGCCGACGUCGGGCACAUCGUCGCCGGUGCGGAAGCACAGCGGCGAUGGCGCCGCGCACGGACGACGGCAGUCGGUCAAUAUCGCCGUCGGCGUGGAUGCGAUUCCGGUGUUGCCGCAACGAAAUUGCCAAAGUGGCACGAAUCUCGUCGACGCCGGCAAAUACGCCAAGAAUCCGGCGAGCCGUCGCCAAUCGGCGCCAUGCAUCUCGCAAUUUGCAUCGACGACUUCUCUCAAGGAGAAGCUCAACAAAUUGAAGAGCUCGGACAGUCUCGAGAACGACGAUUUGCUCAAAGAAGACCAUGAGGAAGAGGCCGAGCAAUCCGAAGAGCAACAUAUGAGCUAUCGACUGGUAUAG